CCUCAAUCUAUAUUCCCGCAACUCUUCAUUCACAUCCUUUACCUUCUCAAAAAGGCGAUUGCAUUGCCAUACUUUUCCCCGUUUCUCCACGUUCCCUCUGCACCCGCUUCUUGGGGCUUCCUCAUCGCCCGAUACACCAUCUAUCACAAGGCUCACCAGGACAAUGUCCUCUCUCUCUACCACUCCGGAGCACUUCAAGGCUCCGUCAGGCAAGACGCCUCCCCCUGCUGCGUCCGCUGCCUACUUUAAAAGAGCGUGGGAGAUACAGGCUGAGGAAAGGAUGAACUCGCGCUAUCGUCCACCAGCGCUUCGAGCUCUCUCUGGUGAAGGUACUAACCAGUCGGACUCUGGCUCAUUGGCGAGCCCGAGUGAUUCGGUCAGCACCUCCCCCUCGAGCAACUAUCCUCCUGGCUUCAGGAGGGCAAGGGCCGGAACCUUGCCCUCCAACGUCGCACUCGCAGCGGACAACCUAUUUGGAUCGAGUACCAACCUACCCCAGAGCAGCAGCACUACCUCGCUCGUCGACGUCCCGGCCAGUUCUCCUGUCGCACGACCCAGCCUUCGGCAUACCAACUCGGUUCAGCCUCCAUCGUCUGAUCGAUUGAACCGCCUUCGCUCAGGCUCGCUCACUACCCUGCCUUCUGGUCUAUCAUCGGCGUUUGGUCCGGCUGUCUUUGCUUCGUCCUGGCUCAGCUCCCGGGAAUCUGUUGCGCUCGGUGGGACACUGGAACCUGAGUACACCGACCUCCGUCCCCGCAUGCAGGCGGAAACCCACUUGAAUGAUGACUACGGUCAUCGUACUCUGGACUAUCUCGGCCUCGACGAGGCCCCGACCGUGCGUGCUCCUCCUCCGGCUACCGUUUCUGAGCUCCGCAACCAAGCUCAAGCCGCUAUCGCUGGCAGUCUCGCACAUCCAUCCCGCCUGCGCGCACAGACAGUUUCCAACUUCAACAGGCGUUCGCUGUUGGGCUCUCAGGGUGGGCUGGAUUUAGAACCGCAGAUUAUCGAGCCUGCCCAGGACGAGUACUCUUUGUACCGCGAGGCACAACCGAUUACCCGUCCUCGUGUCGAUUCUCUCGAAGGUGCCCUCGGUCCUAACCAAUUCCUGUACAAUAACGCCUACGUCGCCAAGGGGUUCAAACCUCAGCAGCAUCUUGCGUCCAGCACGGCUGCGUCCCGCCCGCGUGCGGUUUCAGUCAGCUUGUUGGAAGACAGCCUGCGUACAAACACCUCGCAGCGUCUUGGGACAUUGGGCGGUCAAGCCGGUUACCUGAAUGAAGGCGGACUGCAACCACCUGGGUUCCUCUCCACUCCCGGAUCGGGCUCGAGCACCCCUACGCCCAACUCGAUCCUGCGGAAUGCACCGUCGGUACACGGUGAAGGGCGUGAGCAAAAAUCCACCCUCACCCGACCGACGAUCCAGACUGUCGGCGUGCGCUUCCCAGACUCGCAGCUCGAGACGCCCACCCGUACUGGCAGUCUGUUGUCCGUGCCCCUCAGCUCUGGUUCGAGGAGUGUGUCUCCCAAAACGGCGGAAGGAAACAAUCAGACCCCCUCCAGGAGCUUGUGGAUCGGGAACCUCGAUAGUCACAUCACUGGCCAAGUAUUGGCGAAUGCGUUCACGAAGUACGGCCCGAUUGAGAGCUUCCGCAUGCUCGCAGAGAAGGAAUGUGGCUUUGUCAAUUUCGUCGACAUAUCUGAUGCCAUCCGCGCUAAGGAGGACGUCCUGGAAACCCAAGGCGGAGUGAUUCCUUCCCUGGGAAACUCCCAGCCAGUCCGUAUUGGCUUUGGUAAGAUUGACAGCGCCCCGUCCACGCCCAUGGGUGUCGCGUCUCCCGGAGGCAUGCCAGGCAUCAUGACCCCAUUAUCAGCUGUGGCGCCACAGUCUGCGGGAGGGAUGGAGGCUCAACUCCAGUCCUCGCCUACGAGGGCACUUUGGAUUGGCUCGAUCCCGUCUACCACAACGCCAGCGACGAUCCUGUCCAUCUUCAGUCCUUUCGGCCCGAUCGAGUCUGCUAGAGUGCUCACGCACAAGAACUGCGGUUUCGUCAACUUCGAGCGACUGGAUGACGCUGUUUGUGCCAGGAAGGCGUUGAACGGCCGGGACGUGCUCGGUCCAGACGUCGGUGCCAUCCGCAUUGGCUUUGCUCGUGUGCCGACCAAGGGCGCAGCUACUCCCACCGGACUGGAGAAUGUCACUGAAGAGAGUGGCUUCAUCUCUGGCCCGUCAGGUGUCGGUGACAUGAGCAUCGGUGCUGCCAUCUAUGCCUUGCGGAAUAUCAAGGGUGCUACGGCUGUCCCGACGGACCAGCAGGUCCUUGGAGGAUCCGUGGAAAAUUACCGCUCCAACUUGCUGCUUGAUAUGGUCAGUUUGGGGUUGAACCAGCCGACUGAUACCGCAGAGGGUAUCAAGAGCGGCCCGCUUGUUACUGAGCAGCAGAUGAUAAUGCGUGAACUGAGCGAUGGCAUCCCUUCUGAGCCUUAUUUGCAAGCUAUGGCUGAUUUCCGCCCUCCGACCAUGUACUACACUACUAUUCCCGCUGUUGCCGAACGCGGCAAUAACAGGCGUUGGGAUGCUACCAAGCUCCGCGACUUGCGGAAGAAGCUUGAUGCGAGUGCUCUUACGCUUGAGGAAGUCGAUGCUACCGUUACAGAGCUGUUAGACGGUGAGAUCGUCGAGCUGGCUUCUGACUGGCUCGGUAACACUGUCGUGCAAAAGCUGUUCGAGAAGUGCUCGCUGGAGCCCAGGCUCCGUAUGCUUGAGCGCCUCGCACCGCACCUUGCCACCAUUGGCAUCCACAAGAACGGCACAUGGGCAGCGCAGAAGAUUAUUGACUGCUCGAACACGCCGGAGGAGAUAGCGCUGAUCUCUCAAAACUUGCGCCCAUACACUCCGCCGUUGUUGCUUGACCAAUUUGGCAAUUAUGUCGUCCAAUGCUGCUUGCGUUUUGGUGCACCUGGCAACGAUUUCAUUUUUGAUGCCAUGGUGGAUCGUCUUUGGGAGAUCGCACAAGGUCGAUUCGGCGCACGAAGCAUGAGGGCCUGCUUGGAGAGUCCGCACAUCACCAUUCACCAGCAGAAACGCUUGGCUACUGCAAUCAUCUUGAACUCCAUUCCUCUUGCGACCAACCCUAACGGAGCGCUCUUGUUGACCUGGUUACUGGAUUCGUCCGGCUUCCCGGCCCGUUACAGGCUUCUGGCGCCCCGUUUCACGCCGCAUCUGUCGCAUCUCUGCGCGCACAAGCUUGCGUCGCUCACUGUUCUACGCAUCAUUAAUCAGAAGCUGGAGCCGGAAGCUGCCACACAGAUUCUCCACGCUUUGUUUUACUCGCCGAAUGACCACGUCCUUAAUGACGUUCUCAGCGACCAGGUCAACGGUGUUGCAACUAUUCACAAGAUCAUAACCAGCGCAUUCAUUGACCCGAACGAGCGCGCCGUGUAUAUGGAAGCGACCAAGCGCGUCCUCAUCGAACUGAAGGCGACCGGUACUCAGGCUUACCGUCGCCUGGUUGAAGAAGUAGGUUUGCCCGUCGCCCCGGUUCCCGCUCCGCCUUUCUUGUCCAGCCCUCAGGCGUCCAAAACUCCGCAGACUGCAAUCGGUCAGAGCCGGGUGACUAAUGGUUCUGGUCCAGCGACUCCUAUGGGCUACGCUGGACCUGCCGACCCUUCGUAUAUCUCUGCAUUCCAAGCCAUGCAAAUUUCAGGAGCGGGAAGCCCUCUUGGUUUCAUGGCGGCCAAUGGUCUUCCAUCCCCGCAAUCACGUCUACAAUUAGAUCCUCGAUAUCAGCAAAUGCCCGCAAUCCAAGUCGUCACAUCUCAACUGGCCAACCCGACGUUCUCUCCCUCUACUGAUCCUUUCAAUCCCUUCGCCCUGCGCUCUCCCGAUCUGACUCCCGCUUCCCCACCAAGGGCUGUGAGGAGGAACAAUAGCGGACACAACAGCAAUAACGCAGCCACGUCCUCUGCCGGUGUGUACAUGCAGCAGGCCAGUCUGCCCAGCCUCACUCAAGCUGGAUCUGGCUUGAUGGGUCUCGGGCAGGCUCAAUUCAUUCCAGCAAACCUUCCUCCACAGCAGGUCGCAUAUAUGUUGCAGGAGAUGCAAAUGAUGCAGAACGGGGCGUAUCAAGCUUGAUUCUGUUCACGACCUCAUAACGAUCCCACAACGCAUCGAUAACGCAGUCUCCUUGGGUAUCUGGGCACCUUACUGGGCUGUAUUCCUUGAUGGCUUUCCUCACCACGCACUGAUUGCAGACAAACAAUUCUUGUUUUUCACUCCCGCAAAUUCCUCGCAACUCCGGCACCUUGUUCCAUUCCUCUCUUCAUUCCCCGCGUCCCCCUCCCUUCGUAUACACGUGCGGCCAGUCCGUAUCUGUCAAACUGCUUUGCUUGUUAUUCGUCUAACCGUAACGUAUGAAAAAUAUGCAUGUUUGGCUUUCCUGUAUUACUAUACAUCUGCUCUAGCAGGUAAUAUACCCUCCCGUAGAAUUGCCCUAACAAUCCGAGUCUAGUCUACGCCGACUUGUUAGGUGGGCUGGCCCAAACUGGACCAUUCGCUCCAGAUUGUUGAACCUGCUCUAUUUGCCGUUGCAGUGCAUUCUUCUGGUGUGCGAUCCUUAUCUCAUCCGCCUUCCUCUUCAGAUCAGGCGAGAGUUGGCUGUAGAGUUGCUCGGGAGUCGGUACUGUGGUUUUCAUAAGGACAUAGCCCGUGCCGACGAUGAUCGUGGACCACAUCACAAAGCGGCCCCAAGCAAUAUUGGACAUGGUGGUAGAGGUCUAAGGUGGUAUCAGGUCGUCUAGCGGUUGUCUCUGCGCCACAGCGAGUAGAGCUCUUUAUAUAUGGAAGCGGGUUACGUGUGAGGGAUCCUUGUG